AUGUCCGUCGAAUUUGGCGAAGAGAAAGAUUCACCUGCCCCCGCGUCCGAAAAUCAGCGACGAACCAAAUUCGAUCACCUCGAUGCAACUGCAACAGCGCUAACGGACAUUCUGCGAGUAGCACGCAUUCCCCACGUCUAUAUUGGGGGUUAUGCAGUCACCCUGCUUGGUGGCGAUCGCGUCACCCAGGAUGUCGACGUCCCUGUGGAUCGGUCUUGUCGUGAGACUCUCUCCUCCAGCUCUUUAUUCACCCGCUCUACCGACGAUCGUUUGGUCUUUACUUUUAAAGACUGCAAAGUGUGUAUCGACUUGCACGUUGGCUUUGAUGAAAGCGACAGAGAUUCAUGUUGGGAAUUUCCAAGGUCUCGGGACUCCUGGGAUGGCAAGUCAAGGCAAACGACAAUAUAUGGCGGUGAAUUAAAGAUCCGGCCGGUUGUUUAA